ACCCUAAACCCUACAAUGGCGAGUGAUGUUCUUCCUUCAGAAAUACUCACCGAAAUCUUCUCCCGCUUACCUCCACAAUCACUUCUCCGAUUCCGCUCAACUUCAGAAUCGCUUAAAUCCAUAAUCGAUUCUCACAACUUCACCAACCUUCAUCUAAAAAAUUCUCUCAAUCUCAACCUUAUCCUCGGCCACAAAACCAAUCUCUUCCACCUCCAUUUCCCUAAUCUAACCACCGCCAUCCCACUCAACCACCCUCUGUCCAACGCCAACGGCAUCAAACUCUUCGGUUCAUGUAACGGCCUCCUCUGCAUUUCCUCCAAAGCCGAAAUCACUUUCUGGAACCCUAACAUCCGUAAACAUCGGAUUAUCCCUAAUCUCCCUAUUCCUAUUCCUCAAUCUGAGACCAAAGCCCACUACGCCUUAUUCACUUACGGAUUCGGCUUUGAUCCUUUAUCCUCCGACUACAAGCUUAUCAGAAUCUCUUGGUUCAUCGAUUUAACAAACUUUACUUUUGAUUCAUAUGUGAGUCUCUUCACUUCGAAAACAAACUCAUGGAAAGUACUUCCUAGCAUUGAGUAUGUUAUUUGCUAUGCUCUAACCAUGGGGGUUUUUGUUGAGAAUUCUCUUCACUGGAUGAUGGUCAAGAAACCUGAUGGGUUACAUCAGCGUUUAAUUUUCGCGUUUAACCUAACACUUGAGGUUUUCAACGAGGUUCCUUUUCCUGAUGAAAUAAGAGGUGAAGAGGUUAUUUGUAAUCGGAGUUUUGAAAUUAAUGUUGCUGAUUUGGGAGGGUGUCUUUGUUUGAUUGUGAAUUAUCAAACUACUAAGAUUGAUGUAUGGGUGAUGAAAGAAUAUGGUUGUAAAGAUAGUUGGUGUAAACUUUUUACUUUGAUGGGAUCGUGUUUCGUUUUACCUGUGAUAUCUUUGAUCCCUUUAGGUUAUUCAAGUGAUGGAAAAAAACUUUUGUUUGAGGUAAAUCAUAAGAAGCUGGUUUGGUAUGAUUUGAAGAGUGAAGAAGUUAAUUACAUUGAGGGAAUUCCAAAUUUCGAUGAAGCGAUGAUUUGUGUUGGAAGUCUUGUACUGCCUUCCUUCCCUGUUGAGAAUUGUACGAAGAAGGAGAAUCGUACAAGCAAGAGCAAGAGAAGGGACGACUUCCUGUCCCGAGGAUUUAAAUUGACCUUGUAAGGGAGUGAAGGAAGAACCUGUUAUGUGUAGCUGAAGCAAAUUUUUCUAGAGAUGGAAUUAGUCUUGUUGUUUUGCAGUAGGCAUUAAAUUGAUUUGGAAUGGAGCAUUAACUAGUUUUAACUUUCUUCUUUAAUGGUGUGAGAUCACUCUUCUAUAUCUCAUGUAAAAUCUCACAUGAGGAGAUUCAUUCUCGGCAGAACCGUGAAAGGAUUGCCUACAGUGAAAGAAAGGCCCAUGGAAGUGAAACAAAGAUCUCAAGCCAAAAUAUAAUAUUGAAGUUUAGAUACCAUAUGUACAUGACUUCUAUCUUUUCCUUUUCUUUGGUUUAUCACUUGGUCUGUAAUUGAAAACAUCCUGCUCUAAGCAAUACAAAGAAAAAUGACACAUAUGUCUGUUUAGGUGUAAAAAAGUGUUGAAAAUGGCUUAUAUGUCGUUAUGGUGAUAAAAAGUAUUGGUUUUGUAUGUAUGCAUGUUAAUAUGGUUUUACCAUCAACGGUAACCCAACUUUUACUAUCAACGAUGAUUCACGCAUGGAUUAAGCUUCAAAACUGCAUCCUUUCCUUUUUUGUCUUUAACAUAUAGUCACCUUUUCUUCAUCAAACACACAUAACAUGCUUGUCGUCAUUUCGGAAUACAUC